CCACCUAAGACCGUCUCAUCUGCUGCCGCUUCUGCUUCUUUCAAUCGUUUCUGUCUGUCCGGCAAUCUGGUUGGGCGGUAGCGGUAUUAGUCAACGUCGAGCAGUGAAGAUAAUAAUAAUAUUACCAACACCAAAUCUCCCCUCCCUUUGAUUCUUUUCCCUCUCCCUCUCUUCCCUGCUCGCUGGCAUGUGUAAUGGCGGCUCUACUGCUGCUUCGUUUCUUGCUACUGUGGCUUCCUGCUCUCGCUUGGGCCUCCGACAGCAGUAUUCUUUCUCCCAAAGGUGUCAACUUUGAAGUGGCGGCGUUGAUGGCGAUGAAGAAAGAGAUGAGGGACGAGUCAGGUGUAAUGGCCGGCUGGGAUUUGAACUCGGUUGAUCCCUGCACUUGGAACAUGGUCGGUUGCUCCCCAGAAGGCUUUGUCAUUUCCCUGGAAAUGGCAAGCACUGGUUUGGCAGGGACGUUAUCAACUAGUAUUGGCAACUUAGGUCACCUGAGGACAAUGCUAUUGCAGAACAAUUUGUUAACUGGGUCGAUCCCAGCUGAGAUAGGAAAGCUGUCUGAGCUUCAAACUCUUGACCUCUCAGGUAACCAAUUUGAAGGCAACAUCCCAAGCUCUUUGGGACAAUUGACAAGGCUAAGUUACUUGCGCUUGAGUAGAAACGGGUUAUCAGGACAAAUUCCUGGACCGGUUGCCAAUCUCACAGAACUGUCGUUCUUGGACUUAUCAUAUAAUAAUCUCAGUGGACCGACUCCAAGGAUACUAGCUAAAGACUAUAGCAUCGCUGGGAACAGCCUUCUCUGCGGUCCAUCUCCGACAAAGGGCUGUUCGAGUGUUUCUAAGCCAAUAAAUGCAACAGUUGGAUCCCCCAAGGUCAACAAUGGCCAUCAUCAUUGGGUGAUGUCAGUUGUAUUGGGCUUCAGUUGUGCAUUUGUAGUUUCACUGGUCCUGCUUGUUUGCUUGGUGUAUUGGUAUAGAACCCGUCUACUCUCUACUUCAUGCGUGCAGCAGGACUACGAUUUUGAGAUUGGUCAUCUAAAGCGAUUUUCAUUUCGAGAGCUGCAAGUUGCUACAGGAAACUUUAGUAGAAGGAACGUGCUUGGUCAAGGUGGGUUUGGUGUUGUCUACAGAGGGUGUCUGCCAAAUAAGACACUUGUGGCCGUCAAGAGGCUGAAGGAUCCUAACUUCACUGGGGAAAUGCAGUUCCAAACCGAGGUUGAAAUGAUCGGUUUGGCCUUGCAUAGAAACCUAUUGAGGUUGUAUGGCUUCUGUAUGACUCCCGAGGAGAGGAUGCUUGUUUAUCCUUACAUGCCAAAUGGAAGUGUUGCUGACCGCCUGAGAGAGACUGGUGGGGAAAUCCCAUGUUUGAACUGGAACAGGAGACUCCGAAUUGCCCUUGGUGCAGCUCGUGGACUGCUCUACUUGCACGAGCAGUGCAAUCCUCGUAUAAUCCACAGAGACGUUAAAGCUGCAAACAUUCUACUCGACGAGAGCUUCGAAGCUGUGGUUGGAGAUUUCGGACUUGCCAAGCUGUUGGAUCGAAGGGAUUCCCAUGUCACCACAGCAGUACGUGGCACAAUUGGUCACAUUGCUCCGGAGUAUCUCUCAACCGGCCAAUCCUCUGAAAAAACCGACGUCUUUGGGUUUGGGAUACUGCUUCUGGAGCUUAUAACAGGCCAAAAGGCACUGGAUGCUGGAAAUGGGCAGGUCCAGAAAGGAAUGAUCCUUGACUGGGUGAAAACCUUACAUGAGGAGAAGAAGUUGGAAAUGCUGAUAGAUAAGGAUUUGAAGGGAUGUUUCGAUCCAUCGGAGUUAGAACAGGCCAUCGAAUUGGCGCUGCAAUGCACUCAGUCGCAUCCUACUCUACGUCCGAAGAUGUCAGAAGUCUUGAAGGUACUUGAAGGCCUCGUAGGACACUCGGGUGUCGAGGAGGCACAAGCUGGAGGGUCGAACAUAUACGAGGCAAGGCCUUUCAGUUUCUCUAGGCAGCAGCAUAGUGGUAUCCAUGAAGCAUCUUCGUUCAUCAUUGAAGCAAUGGAGCUUUCAGGACCAAGAUGACUCAGGUGUCACAUUUUGUUUUCCCCUCCGUUUUCUUAGAUAAAGAUGUAAAUGAAUUUUUUCUGCGGUAAUAGCAAUCCUUGUCGCUUGCGGAUUGCCGUGUACAAAAUGGUCACAGGUCAAAGGAUUGUUAGGGAAAGUUGAAAUUGAAACACUGUAGUUUUCAGCAUAUAAUAUUUGAUAAAAUCAGGCAUAUGGUCAAAGGAAACCUCGCGCUGGCAGACAGUUCAAUUCCCUUUUCUUCUCUGAAACACCUUAAUCAUUUCUCUAGUAGAGGGUUUUUGCUCUGUCCAGGGUGUAAUAUAGCACCUUAAUUAUUAGCUGCCACAAGGCACAAGCUCAAGCUCCGGCUUUCUAUUGGUAAAUGGGUUAUCGAAUAUAUGGCUGAUUCACAGUAGUGUGUCAGUUGUUGACUAAUACAUUACACAUGCGCCAAAUUUGGGUGAGAUACGUUAAGAGUCCGUUAUAAGUGUCGUUUGCAAGUUGCGAAUGUUAAGGAUAUAAAUCGAAAGAAAAAGUUGACACAAAUUUAAAACCAACAAUCUCAACUUUUAGUCGAGAUUGUAUAAUGCAUCAUUUUUUGUGAUUGUUGAUGAGACCUAUUUAAAACAAUGCAUGCAUUGUUUUACACUUUGACACUUCCAAAUAUUGUAUUGUGCACACUAUAUCUAUUCAGCAAACACAAUUCUAACAAUCACAACUUACGAUCCAAAUGAUUUUUGUUUGUAAAGGUCAAAACUUAAUGAAAAUUGACUUCUUAGUUCUCAUCAAUACGAAUAAAUAAGGAAAAACUGAAAAUUUUCCAAUUAUGUGUGUUACUCUUCCCCUUCUUCCUAAUCCAAACGAUCCAAAAGAAAACUGUAGAGUGGUUAGACUACUCUGCCUCCCUGCUCAGUUUCAGCUUCUUUCCACUAAAAUCUACUACAUUUUAUGCUUUGCUUUGCUUUGGAUUCCAAUCAGUCCUCACAUUCACAUGCUUAGAAGUGAUAUUCCAUCUUUUAUAGCGCUUAUGCAAAAUUUAAAAUCCAAUUAUGCCUGUUAAAAAUCUCAAAUUAGACAGCGGAGCAUGUGUAGAGCAAGGUUGUUAAACUCCUAUCGAACUCCCGGUUACACCCAGUCCGACCCUAGUCGAGCUUCAAAACGGCCUCUAGAAAGCUCCGGUCUGACCCCUAAAAGAGGGAGAAGAAGAGAGGGGAAAGAGAGGAAGAGGAACGGAGGAAGGGAGAUGGUGGGUGGAUCAUGUAAGUUAUGUAGAUUUAUUUUGUGAAAAAUAAGUUUUUAAUAGAUAUAUGUAAGAUAA